GAAGGAGGAAGAGGAGGAGGAGGAGGGGGAGGAAGAGGAGAAAGGCGCAGGGGUGGGAGCUGUUGCCGAAGCUGCCACAGUAAAAGUUCUCUCCCCUCCCCCCUUCCCCUCCUCUCAAGGCUCCAAGGAAGGUUGAAGCUGCCACCGCCUGCAGUCGGUGACCGCGCGACUCGGCGCCCGCCCGCGGAUAGAGGGGAGCAAUCAGCAGCUUGGAAAUUCAGUCAAGUGAUCUGGCGGGAUGGGCAUUUGCCUGACACAUUUUAUAGAGGAUUUGGAUGGCAUAAGUGAUUAAGGUGGUAUUGAGGGUUUCUGAAGCCUGUGAAAGGUAGAAACUCAACCAUGAUUUAUUUUUCAACUCUACAGCAUUCUCUUCCUUGAAGUCUUCAUUUUUACCCUAGUCUCAGAGUCUCACCAAGUUGCCCAAACUGACCUUGAACUUAUGAUAUUCCUGCCUCAGCCUCCUGAUUCACUGGGAUUACAGGCAGUUAUACUUAAGCAUGAACAUUGACGACAAACUGGAAGGAUUGUUUCUUAAAUGUGGCGGCAUAGACGAAAUGCAGUCUUCCAGGGCAAUGGUUGUAAUGGGUGGAGUGUCUGGCCAGUCUACUGUGUCUGGAGAACUGCAGGAGUCAGUACUUCAGGAUCGAAGUAUGCCACACCAGGAGAUCCUUGCUGCUGAUGAAGUGUUACAAGAAAGUGAAAUGAGACAACAGGAUAUGAUAUCACAUGAUGAACUCAUGGUCCAUGAGGAGACAGUGAAAAAUGAUGAAGAACAGUUGGAAGCACAUGAAAGACUUCCUCAAGGACUUCAGUAUGCACUUAAUGUCCCUAUAAGUGUAAAGCAGGAAAUUACUUUUACUGAUGUAUCUGAACAACUGAUGAGAGACAAAAAACAAAUCAGAGAGCCAGUAGACUUACAGAAAAAGAAGAAGCGGAAACAACGGUCUCCUGCAAAAAUCCUUACAAUAAAUGAGGAUGGAUCACUUGGUUUGAAAACCCCUAAAUCUCACGUUUGUGAGCACUGCAAUGCUGCCUUUAGAACGAACUAUCACUUACAGAGGCAUGUCUUCAUUCAUACAGGCGAAAAACCAUUUCAAUGUAGUCAAUGUGACAUGCGUUUCAUACAGAAGUACCUGCUACAGAGACAUGAGAAGAUUCAUACUGGUGAAAAACCGUUUCGCUGUGAUGAAUGUGGUAUGAGAUUCAUACAAAAAUAUCAUAUGGAAAGGCAUAAGAGAACUCAUAGUGGAGAAAAACCUUACCAGUGUGAAUACUGUUUACAGUAUUUUUCCAGAACAGAUCGUGUAUUGAAACAUAAACGUAUGUGCCAUGAAAAUCAUGACAAAAAACUAAACAGAUGUGCCAUCAAAGGUGGCCUUCUGACAUCUGAAGAAGAUUCUGGCUUUUCUACAUCACCAAAAGAUAACUCACUGCCAAAAAAGAAAAGGCAGAAAACUGAGAAGAAAUCAUCUGGAAUGGACAAAGAGAGUUCUUUGGAUAAAUCUGACCUGAAGAAAGACAAAAACGAUUACUUGCCUCUUUAUUCUUCAAGUACUAAAGUAAAAGAUGAGUAUAUGGUGGCAGAAUAUGCUGUUGAAAUGCCACAUUCUUCAGUUGGGGGAUCCCAUUUAGAAGACGCGUCAGGAGAAAUACAUCCACCGAAGUUGGUUCUCAAAAAAAUUAAUAGUAAGAGAAGUCUGAAACAGCCACUGGAGCAAAAUCAAACAAUUUCGCCUUUAUCCACAUAUGAAGAGAGCAAAGUUUCAAAGUAUGCAUUUGAACUUGUGGAUAAACAAGCUUUGCUGGACUCAGAAGGCACUGCUGAUAUUGAUCAGGUUGAUAACUUGCAAGAGGGGCCCAGUAAACCUGUGCAUAGUAGUACUAAUUAUGAUGAUGCCAUGCAGUUUUUGAAGAAGAAGCGGUAUCUUCAAGCAGCAAGCAACAACAGCAGGGAGUAUGCGCUGAAUGUGGGUACCAUAGCUUCUCAGCCUUCUGUAACACAAGCAGCUGUGGCAAGUGUCAUUGAUGAAAGUACCACAGCAUCCAUAUUAGAUUCACAAGCACUGAAUGUGGAGAUUAAGAGUAAUCAUGAUAAAAAUGUUAUUCCAGAUGAGGUACUGCAGACUUUGUUGGAUCAUUAUUCCCAUAAAGCUAAUGGACAGCAUGAAAUUUCCUUCAGUGUUGCAGACACUGAAGUGACUUCUAGCAUAUCAAUAAAUUCUUCAGAAGUACCUGAAGUCACCCAGUCAGAGAAUGUUGGAUCAAGCUCCCAAGCAUCCUCAUCAGAUAAAGCCAACAUGUUGCAGGAAUACUCAAAGUUUCUGCAGCAGGCUUUGGACAGAACUAGCCAAAAUGAUGCCUAUUUGAAUAGCCCGAGCCUUAACUUUGUGACUGAUAACCAGACCCUUCCAAAUCAGCCAGCAUUCUCUUCCAUAGACAAGCAAGUCUAUGCAGCCAUGCCCAUCAAUAGCUUUCGAUCAGGAAUGAAUUCUCCACUAAGAACAACUCCAGAUAAGUCCCACUUUGGACUAAUAGUUGGUGAUUCACAGCACUCGUUUCCCUUUUCAGGUGAUGAGACAAACCAUGCUUCUGCCACAUCAACACAGGACUUUUUGGAUCAAGUGACUUCUCAGAAGAAAGCUGAGGCUCAGCCUGUCCACCAAGCUUACCAAAUGAGCUCCUUUGAACAGCCCUUCCGUGCUCCAUAUCAUGGAUCCAGAGCUGGAAUAGCUACUCAAUUUAGCACUGCCAAUGGACAGGUGAACCUUCGGGGACCAGGGACAAGUGCUGAAUUUUCAGAAUUUCCCUUGGUGAAUGUAAAUGAUAAUAGAGCUGGGAUGACAUCUUCACCAGAUGCCACAACUGGCCAGACUUUUGGCUAAAAAAAAAAAAAAAAAAAAAAAAAAAAGUGUAAAUAAUACUGGCACUUUAGAACAGAUUAAUCAAGAGUGGGGUUACUCUGUGUAAAAUGGAGUGCUGUACAGAUUAAGAGCAAUGCGUUAUAACAAGUUAAGCUGAUAUGAAUAGCAAGAUAAUCCCAUAACUACGUUUUGUUUGGUUAGUCAGCAUUCUUUGAACUGCCUUACAUGUUGUCACCUUUAUAGAAGCAAUGCAUAUACUUGUUUUAGAUCAGAAACUUGCUAUUCCACCUACACCAAGUUAAAAAAGGAAAAAAAAAAAAAAAAAAAGACUUUCGCACAAUUGUUUCCUAACUGAUAACAUUGUACAUUCUUAGGAGAUUAGUAAUUGUGUGAAAUUUACUCAUACUGUUUCUAAGUUUUUCAGCAUAGUCAUUGCACUUCAGCAGGGAAUCUGAGUAUACUUUACAGAGUGAACUUAAAAGUUUAAAUGUCAAGAGAUUAUGGCUUAAAUACGUUAGUUUGUCCUAUAGGGGGGAGAAAAACCACCUUUCCAAAAGAAUGAUAUGCCAUAUACCCUUGAUUUUCAUUUUGCAUUAUAUUGACGUGUUUUUUUGAAGAAAAAAGUAAUAAAAAUCUGAUAGUCUAAGACUCCACUAUUUAAAAGCCUAAUUACUUUUAAAAUAUGCAUACUUUCAGAACUUUUACCAAAAUACACAACUGUUGAAGCAUUCACUUCUCUAUGGAAGUAUGCAUAUUGGUGUCAGUUUCUUUGUACAGUUGUACCUAGAUAUUUUUUAUGAUUUUUUCAUGUGCAAGUAUCGAGGUUUUGAAGUUUUAGUAAAAAAUAUUCUGUAGAUUACAUUCCCAAGAACAUAAUGCUUACACAAAAUGUAUAUUCCACGUUUUAAAGCUUAAUUGUAUUUUACUUUACAUAUACACUUCAGUUAACAUAGAGCACUUAGAAUCUAUUUGGUAUUUUUGAUUUCUCAAAGUGAAAAAAUUAGAUUUUUAGGUUUGAUAUGGUUGUGUCAUAAUCAUCUCAUAAUUGACAAUUUUAAUUUUUGGCAAUAAAAGGAAAUUGGGAUAUCUUUGGAACUGUAAAAUCUGGUUUAAUCCUUCUCUUUCUAGACUCUUGGAUUAUUAAACAGUAUCCAGAGAAACAAGAAAUGGGCUUUUUAAUUGCUUAUUUUAUCUUGAGUUACUUUUUAAUGAACACUGCUCAUUACAGUUUUACAAACCAAAAGUGUUUACUAAUUCCAGUAACUACAAUUUCUUUUUCAGCUAGAUGAGUGACCGGAAAUUUUUUGUUGCAUUUCAAAAUCUAAAUAAACUACAGACUUUAUCCUUAUACCAUGAAUGUUUUUUUUUUUUUAAUACUUUGUCUUAAAAUAAUAUAGCAUGGUACAAUAAAUUGUGCUUUUAUAUAUAUGCUUUUCUGAAGAAUGAUGGUUUGAGUUACACAUUGGACAGUUUUGAUUUUUGGAGAGUAACAUUAGUCAUAUUGAUGCUAUCAUCCUCUUUAAUUUGUUCUAACUUUUUGGUUUUUGUAUUUAAAAUUUCCACCAUCUUUGUCACAAUGCUUGUACUGAUAUAUAGCACCAGUGGUAACCUAAAAUUAAUAUCCUUGGAAGAUGAAGCUGUUGAUUUUAACUUUUAUAUUGGCCCUGUAAGUCUACAUUCUUUGUUUCAGUAUAGAAUAUGUUAUCCAUUUAAAUUAUUUUUGUCUCUUAUUUAAUGUUAUCCCAAGACUGUUCUCAUAAAGAAAGGGAACAAAGAAAUAUCCUCUCCUAACAUUCUUCACUUAUAUUCAUUUAUUUUAAAUAUAUUGGUGUUUUUAUGGUAAGAAUAUAAAUUAUGUUUAAUGUGGUUUCCUCUACACUUUGGUUAUUAAGCUUUGUUUGAAAUACUAGUUUUCCCAUUUGACAGCUUUCUUUGCUGCCAAAGUUUUCAAUAAUUUUAGACUUCUUUGAAGUAAAUAUUUAAGUUCUGCCAUUAUUGACCUUAAGAUUGAUGUGUGUUGUGUUAUGCAUCACUUAAUUGCAAGAAGAAUUAUUUCAGGUGAGAUGUUAAAAAUGGAACUGUGCUCACCCUAGGUAGGCAUUUUUCUCAUAGUACUUUUGAUGAGAGUAGGCAUUUAUUUCCUGAGUUGAUUUUUUUUUUUUAAGUCUAAUCAAAAAUUUUGUUCCUUUGGAAACUUGAUGCAGUUUUUGAUACUGUGUAAAAUUUUUGGUUUGUUUUAACAUCACCAGCACAGUUUUAAGAAUGUGACUAUCGCUGAGCAGUUUGGAUAAGCUUAGGAAGGAAGGCCUUUGAAAAUGGUAGUUAUGCAAGCAGAUUUUCAGGUGUUGCAUUCCUGUCUUCAACACAUUUCUUUAAAUCUACAUAAUGGCAGACUUUUCUACCAGGUUAUAAGCAUUUUUCAGAUAACUGAUAUUUAGCCAGCAUAACUUAUUGACUUACCAUUUAAGUAUAGUCAUCACUCUCUUACUGUGAAAUUCUAAAUGCCUACCAGACUUACCUUGUAUUAUCAUCCUAUGAUAAACAUCUCGACAGUUUGGGUUUCCCCAUUUUGGUUCAGAAAAUUGUUUAAUUUCUAUCUGGGCAUUAGUAGAGAAAAUAAGUGGCAUUGUGUGCUGCUUUAAUUUGAAACAUGGAGGAUAUGAGAUAUCCUUUGUAAUUCAUGUUUCUUGUUUCUCUCAGUGAACAAAUUGUUCUAUAAAAACAUGCUCUUACACCCUUAAACCCUUGAUCUGUGUGAGCGAGGUGUGCUUUUUCACUUAGGUCCUACUUUUAUGUUUGAGCAUUGGAAACAUCAUAUUAGAUAACGUAUCUUUUGAACAUCUUCUAAAAGUGUCUUUUUUAACUUAAAUUUUUAUUGCACAUAUAUUUCAUUUGGUUUAGAAUAUUUGAGUGGCUCCUAAAUUUUUUAGAUCUACAUGCAGAUGUGCUACCUGAUAAGGUAGAAAUCCAUCUUCUUCGCUCUGGCUGAAGAUGCCAGCAAUUGGGUCAUUUUAUCUCUUGCGAGGUAGAAAAGGCCUUGUGCUCAGGGCAGGCUUUCAUUUCCACAGAUGUGAGACCCUUGCAAAGUGCUAGUGAGGUUAGAUCUUUUGCCACUUCUUUCACUUUAUUAAUUUGGGUAUUUAAAGGGCUGUUUAAAAAAAAUUUAAAAAGCCGGGAAACUUUAAAAGUAGGCAUUACUGUAGUACUACGUAUCUUAGAACAUUUUAAACUAGAACUCAUUUUUUCACAGUAUGUAUUUACUUGAAGAAGCACUAUUAUAAUCAAUGAGAAAUUUUUUGAGUCUGCAAUUUUAAUUUAAACCUUUUCCGUUUCAAAUUGCUUUAUUUCAGGGAAAUAAUUUUCCAGUUGUUUUUGCUAUAUUCUGCAAAUAAAAACCGUAUGUUUCCUUUUUUCACUUAAACUUUGGUAGGAAACAAAUUAAAGCAGACAAACAUUUCUUGUUAUGUUUGUUGCUUUCUUUAAUCCAAUGGAUAAAAAAGUAAAACCCUGUAAACAUUAUUUUAUUUUUUUAUGCAAUACCAUGCUGUAAAUAUGGUUCAUCAAGUAAGGAUGUACCUAUGAUUGAAUCUUUAAUUCUGCACAGUUAGAGUUUAUAUAUAAACGUGUCUUGACAAUCAAGGACUUUCAUGUGAGUCUUCCUUUAUGAUGUUUAUUAAUGUUAUGCAUUCCAUUUGUUUUGAAGUGAGUACCAAUGUGCUAAUUUGUAUUGUCUGAAAGUAUGUAAUGUUUUUACAGCUUGUUUUUAAGAAUCUGUAAAUAUGUACAAACAAAUCACAGUACUGCUUUAUGUUAGAAGGCAUAUGAUGUUGUACUGUAUGUAAGCAAUAAUACAUAGCAGUGCUAACUUUACAAGUAGCAUCAGGAAAGUUCUAAAAACAUUUCAGAGUUAUUAAUUAUCCUAUUUCAUUUAAUAAUGAUUAUCUUUAAUCAGUUUUUAUAAGCAAAUUCCAUUGUUCCUCCUAUUGGAACGUAACACUGUUUACACAGCAUAAUUGAAGUUGCAGAGGAGACAGGCUAAAUCUGGCUUCAUCUGUACUCACUUUCACUAAGCAUUGAAUGGCCUUACCACUCUUCUGCAAGAUGGAGGAAGACCGCAAAACUUAGUGCCCAUCACACUGAAGGAAGGGAUGUGUUGUUGUUGUUUUUCCCUGCUUCUGUACUGCUACCUAACUUUGUGGUUUGCUUUGGAUUUUAAUAUUUGUUUCUGUUUUAGAUUCAAGCCCGUAAGUUUUGAGGUGACUUCAGCUCCAUUGUGAAAUAGAUAGUUCUCUUCAUAUUUCAUAGCUACAUUUCAAUAAUUCUAAACUUUCUACUUUGAUUUUUAGAUACUUAUUUUUCAAGCUUGAUUUCUCUGCUGAUCAGAUGAAUUUAUCAACUUCAAUACAAAGAAAGACAAACUUAUUGUAGUUUGAAGUGAGUCGAUAUUAUACUGUACAGAACAGCUAACUAUUUGAACACACACAUCACUGCUUUAGAAAUAAAACCGCCAAUUUAUAAAUGUAUAUGACCUACAUUUUAUAGGAGAAAUGUUUUUAAAUGCUAGUCAUUUAUAUAAUGUGCUUUGAAGGAUUUGCUAGUCCACUUCUGUCACUUUUUAGUACACUGGUAUCUUUUAUAUGUAAUGUAUGCUUUUUAUUAUUGUAGCAGAGCAUUUCAGUAGAAAGAAUUUUGCAAAAAUAUGGGGGAAAUUUUUCAUUGUUGGAUUUGAAUUAUACUGGAUUUUAUCUGUGUA